GUUUCCUUCAAGUAUAAAUUAGAAGCUUAACAUACAAUUUUUCUAUAUACUACUCAAUCUCCAAGAAAACCCUUUUUCCAUCUCUUACAAAACCAAACACUAAUCUUUAUUAUAAUCUCAUCAUGGGACAUAAUAGAGAAGAAACUAACAAAAAGCCUCAAAAACUUGCCAUAGACAAUGGUCUCCAAAGAACAAUAUCUGAUAUCUCAUUUGAACUUAGCAAAGAAGUAGCAUUAGUAGUAUCUGAUCAUAAUAAUAUUGAGAAGAAUGUGCUUCCACCUAUUUCUGAAGUUGAAGAUGCAAAGUGUGAGUGUUGUGGUAUGUCUGAAGAAUGCACACUUGAAUAUGUUAAGAGAGUUAAGGAGAAAUAUUCAGGGAAGUUGAUUUGUGGUUUGUGUUCUGAGGCUGUGAAGGAAGAGAUGGAGAAGAAGAAUGGAGGUAAGAAGUUAGAAGAAGCUUUAAAUGAGCAUAUGAAUGCAUGUUCUAAAUUUAAUAGACUUGGUAGGGCAUAUCCUGUGCUUUAUCAAGCUGAAGCUAUGAGAGAAAUAUUGAAAAAGAGUAGAGCUAAGUCUCUUAGUCCUAGAGAUACUCAAAAGAAAGGUGGGAUUGCUAGGAGUUCAAGUUGUAUUCCCGCUAUCACUAAAGAUAUUAAUACUCUUAAAAUUGUUGAUUGA